CGCGGCGCGGUUCCUGGCUUCGAGGUCCUCCACGCCCGCGCCCGUCGUGGUGGAGAGGGUGGUGGUCGGGGGAAUGGCGGAGAACGUGGAUGCGAAUAUGGUGUCGGUGGAGGAGGAUCUCAGUGAGAGCUGCAUUGACGACGUCCGCAUAUCGGGCCACCCUCUGCCUCUGCCACCUGCCGCCAACGUGACCAAGUGGGGCGAAGUGACCACCUCUAACCAGCUGGGACGCGGCUGCUCUGGACCCCGACGUCUGCGCCAACACCACCUGUAUCCCGCCUCUCACAUGCCACGAUUCCUGGAAGCUCGCCACCUGCAGCUGCGGCCCCGGACAGCACCUGGUGGGGCGAGUUUGCCAAGACAUGGACGAGUGUGUCUUCCAGCCUUGUCUCCACGGGGGAACCUGCUACAACCUCCUCCCUGGCUACCAGUGCCUCUGCGGGCCAGCUCACGUGGGGAGCAACUGCCAGUGGACCAAAGUGACCCCCGACUCGUACCCACUCAUGGCACACGCGGCCCUGGCACUCCUGACGCUGUCGGUGCUGCUGUCGGUGGUCCUCCUCGUGCUCCUCGUCCUCCGGCACCACUAUGCUGACGGCGCGACGUGUGGGGACAUGUGUCGAGAAGGAUGUGGCGAAGGGGGAGAGAUCGACGCCCCUGUGGUAGUAGAGGAAGGAGGAGGAGGAGGAGGGAAAAGAGGAAGACGAAGAGGGCACAAGCGCUGUUCUUCCUCUUCUCGUGGUACCAAGUUGCCUGAGGGAGAGAAGGUCCUCCUUGAGGAACUUAAGAUGGAGGAAGUACCUGGCACAGAUCUUCCGCCGUCUUCCCUCGUAGACAAAAGCCCUCUCCCCCUCACCCCUAGCGGCUGCCCCAUGAACCCCGCCCACGCCCACGACGCCCAAAGCAAGCGGGACAUUCGCACGGCGCCCACGGGGGAAGCGGCGCCCGGGCGGGAGCACGAGG